CGAUCGCGCGACCCUGCCCGUGAGCAAUCUUCCAACUCAUCUCUGUUGUAAACUCUUGUCGAAAUUCAACUGCAAAAAACUAAAAGAAAACGCAACCAUUUCAUGGAUCACUGCUCGUGAAGUCCUAGAAAUUCACGAUUUACAAGUUCAAUAAGGGAUUGCCGAACUAAGAGAUGGAAGACAGAUUGCCUCGGGCCUGGAGACUAGCCUUGACAUUUAACACGCCGGUUUUUCCAGGCAACGUUAGUCCCCUGACGAUUUGCCGAUUCCGUCCACCACUUUCAUCCUCGUAAUGUCACAAUACCUCGGUAUCGUUCCUCUUGAAGCCAUGGAACUUGGGAAAAGAUCUCGAAGGCUAGAUAGCUCGAGGGUGUAAAAUGUUUACGCGUACGCGUAAUGUCAGUGUAUAUGCCAAUAUCUACCAGACCACGUGUAUCGACUCUUCUGGCACAACUUUCACCAGACAACGUAACGAUACUUUUUUUUUUUCACAGAAUUCAUGCACUCCCGGAUGACACUACAAGAUUGCACAACGUUUAACAGAAUUCGUCACCCAAGACACCGAGUAAACUAGAGAAAUGCAUGGCAAUUAUUGAACGUCCUUGCAGGAAAUAAUUUACCGUCUAAACGCAAUAAAUGCUUGUUAAAUUGUUUCAAUAAUUGUAUAAAUCUCGCACAAUACCACGAAGUAUGAAUGGACGUUGCAUGUACUGUUACUCAUUUUUUAAGAAUAACUCAACGAUCACGAUACAGACAAGCAAAUUGAAUGUAAAAUACAAAUAAUGUGGAAUGUAAGAAGGGCCAGAUGGGCCCUUUUUACACUUGUACAUUGUAUUAUGCAUGUCAGAUUAUAGGGAGUACCAGGGCGAUCUCUUGUAAUAAUUUGUAUCCGUAUUUUUUCUCCGUCCAUUACGUUCGACGAGUCACACUCCCCACUUUGUUUCUGUAACCUACAGACGAAAACGCUCUCACUCCGUGUAACCGAGAUGAUAAAAGCUUCGUAAAGCCGCCAUGGAGAUCGUAGUUCGCAUUUUGGAACCGUCGAGAAAACCACUCGUGAAAUAGCUGUUAUAUUCGAUAUUAUUUAAGUGACUCGAUAUUCCAAAAUGGCGCGAAGGCCGAUCUUCAGCCUCUUGUUUGCACCGGUUCUUCUUGCAGUGUGCACCGCUCAAUUCUUCAAGACUCCGCAAUUUUCGGCGUCCUUGAAUCAAGUAGGACAAGGACCCACCCAAAGAGGUUCUUCUGCAUCCUGUCCUGAGAAAAAUGGGAGGUUUCCUGUACCAUCUCAAUGCGAUGCUUAUAUAGAAUGCAUCGAUGGCGUUCCCGAGCAAAAAGUCUGUCCAGAAGGAUUGAUGUUCAAUCCCGAGGCUCGUUUCAAUUAUCCUUGCGGAUAUCCCAUCGAUAUCAACUGCGAAGGCAGGCCCAAUUUGCAGCCUGCUCAGCCGACCGAUAAUUGCCCUCAUCAGUAUGGAUAUUUCAAAAUGGGCGACCGACAAAACUGCGGACAAUUUAUAAAUUGUGCAGAUGGGGUGGGAUACGUGUUUGACUGCCCUGAAGGACUCGCCUAUAACGCGGAAACCUACAGGUGUGAUUGGCCCGACCAGGUAGCAGAUUGCGACGCUGAAGCCUUCCUGGGAUUCAGUUGUCCUCCGGAAGAUAACCAGGGCUUUUUCCUUCCUGGACAACUCCGAUUCUACAGGAGCCAAGCAGAUUGCCAGCGUUACUACGUCUGCAUCGAAGGUAGACCACGUUUGCAGAAUUGCGGCGAAGGAAAUGCUUUCAACGAGCUGACCGGCUCUUGCGAUGGAGCGGAAAAUGUUACCGGAUGCGCGACUGGACUGGAACGCAGCAACACUAAACCGACGAGACUGUUUUAGAAAACAUAUUUAUGCAAUUACCAACAGGAGCCUUGCUUUGAAGAAGCUACCUAUAAACCGUCAUCAAAACGUAGGAUAUUCUUGUACCUUCAACAAGCAUGUAAAUAAAAAGGGGACGUCGCAGUCAUCGAAGAAGAAACCCCAUUACGAAUCCUUGUUUAGAUUUUAAGUCGUACCUGGAAUGAUUUUGUCAAAUAUAUUACUU